GCAGCGGAGAGCAGUGAUCAACAGCCAACACGACACGACAGACACCCCUGCCUCCCCCGACACACCGCCACACACCGCGAGCUACCUCUGACUGGCAUUUUAUCCGUUCCGCGUCUGACCGGAAGGUUCUUGUUAGGGCAGCAUUGUUUUCAGAGCAGCAGGUCAUGUUGGCGUUUCGGAUGAGCUGGGGCUGGCCGGGUGUGGCCGGGUGUGUCGUGAUGGUAGGCGGAGCUGUGCUGCUGUGCCGCGUAUACCAUGCUCAGCGACGCAAGUCGCCACUGCGACGGACCAUCUUUGACGACCUGCUGCGCGCCCUCAAGCUGCAAGCGCCUUUGGCCGAGAUUGAGCGUCUCUUCCUACAACUCACGCUUGCAGAAGAGGGCGGGGUUGCCCGGGUCUUGCGGAUGAGUUUGGCGACCGUUAUCGGCCUGUGUGGUUACGAUCCCACGGCUGAUACCGACAGCGCGGCCCUACAGCUUAUUCGCCCCGUGCAACAGUCGACGCAUUGCCUCUUUGCCAAGCGUGCUCAGCUGUGGGGGGCCCCGACUGACUGGCAAGAGGGCUUGCCUGGCCAUGCCAAACAAGAAGACCGCGGUCAGCAGAGUGGAGCAGCACUGCCUCACAAGGCGGCACAGCUCUUGCGUGCCAUGACCUUGAUGGCGGCGUACAUGCACCGGAUCGAUGGAUUUGUGAUUGACUUUCACCACCCCCACAAAUUGGUCACGGUGGAUGACCACGCGCGUGCUGUCAACGACCUGCUGGUUUUUCUCAGCACCCAUGAUCCGAGUGGGCGCCACUGCAUGGCGAGCCAGCGCGUAGGUCGUCUGGGCUGGACUGUCUCUUUUGGGGAGGCAGAAUACUUUGUGACGACAUUUUGCAAUGCUUAUCAUCCCGGCAUCAGCCGACGCUGUGAAGCCGAGGGCGUCAGUCUCAUUCUGUUUCAGCCUUAUAAUUCCUUCUUGUUGCACAAUAUUGGAGACGAAACCCCAAAGAGUGCGACCUGUUGGGACAACCCUCGACAUAUUCGAGAUCGCAUCCGGUACGUCAUCUUCUCGGUAGCCGCUUCGGUUGUCUUCGCCCGCCUCAUGGAGAACCCAUUCGGCUGCGCGCAUAGAGCCAAGUUUCAUGCACAUGGGGUAUGGUAUCCCAUUGCGGAAGCACCACAGCUUUAUCCAGCAGCUUACAACAUUGUGCUUCCAAACAAGGCCGACGACAACAUCGUGGUCGACUGGUGGUCUCAGCGCGGAGCCCGACAUUUUUUUCUUCAAGAAUCGGGUGACGAGUACAACACGCCGACACACGCACCAUCGCACGCGCACAGGCCCAUUCACAUUUGA